UAUAUCGCAGAUGUUAAUCCUUAUUCUGACUCUUAUUCUGACCCUUAUCUUGACCCUUAUUCUGAACCUUAUCCUGACCCAUAUAAUGACCCACAUAAUGAUUCCGAUAUUGAGCCUCAGGAUAAUGACAGCGAACUUUCUA